ACAAUGCUAGGCUAACUCAUGCUACAGUCCUUCAACUCUGGACUUUAGAGACGCUUUUCCUCGACUUUUCCUCGUUUGAUUGGGGUAUUUUACGGAUCGGAAACACGUUAAGACUGCACUCGUACAGCUGACAGAUUUUAAAGACUAAACCGGAAUGGAAAUCGUAGAAAAUAGUGGAUAUUUUUAGCAAGAGUAGCGGUGCCAGAUUGGGUGAUGCUGUUUAGCAAUGAUGCUCUCUGCAAAAAAUCAAAGCGCGUCGUGUAAAUAACUACGAUUUUCACAUUCGGAAACAUGAAGCACAAACGCUAGUCAAUCCUAUGCAUUUUGUUUGGCUUAGAGUGAGGGCUGAUCGUGAAAAGUGAGUGGUACCUAGCCGCAGUAGCAGGCUGCAGAGCGGGGCUAGUCUCCAGCACCAGGGAUCAGAGGCUGCGUGUGAGUUUGAUGGCUCUUCUGCGGAUCAUGAUGAUGGCCCCGAAGUUUUACCUCCUGGCUCUGCUCGCGUUUGGAGUGGCCGUGGUCUUCAUUGAAAACCAGAUCCAGCAGCUAGAGGAGUCCCGAGCCAAACUGGAGCGCACCAUAGCCAGACAUGAGGUGGCGCAGGUGGAGCAGAGGCACAGCGAGUCUUUGGGGAGAGAGUCUGCUGUUACAUCAGACAGAGACGAUACUGUCAUCAUCUACAACCGGGUCCCAAAGACCGGCAGCACCUCCUUCACCAACAUCGCAUACGACCUUUGCCCCAAGAACAACUUCCACGUUCUUCACAUCAAUACGAGCAAAAACAACCCGGUCAUGUCCCUACAAGACCAGGUGCGCUUUGUCCGAAAUGUCACUUCCUGGAAAGAGAUGAAACCGGGCUUUUACCACGGCCAUGUCGCCUAUCUCGACUUCUCCAAGUAUGGAGUGAAAGGGAAGCCGUUGUAUAUUAAUGUGGUGAGGGAUCCUAUAGAGCGCCUGGUGUCCUAUUACUACUUCCUGAGGUUUGGAGACGACUACAGGCCUGGACUACGAAGGAGGAAGCAAGGGGAUAAAAAGACGUUUGAUGAGUGCGUAGCGUCUGGAGGCUCAGACUGUGCUCCUGAGAAGCUGUGGCUGCAGAUCCCCUUCUUCUGUGGACACCACUCUGAGUGCUGGAACGCAGGCAGCCACUGGGCUCUGGAGCAGGCCAAGCUGAACCUGGUGAAUGAGUAUCUUCUGGUGGGAGUGACCGAGGAACUGGAGGACUUCAUCAUGAUCCUGGAGGCUGCCGUGCCCAGGUUUUUUAAAGGGGCCACAGAGCUCUACAAAUCAGGAAAGAAGUCCCAUCUGAGGAAGACCACGGAGAAAAAGGCCCCGACCCAAGACACCAUCAAGAAACUGCAGCAGUCCAACAUCUGGAAAAUGGAGAAUGAGUUUUACGAGUUUGCCCUUGAACAGUUCCAGUUUGUGCGUGCCCAUGCUGUCAGGGAGAAGGACGGCGAGCUGUACGUGUUGGCGCAGAGCUUCUUCUACGAAAAAAUCUACCCCAAAGUCAACUGAGACACUGGACUUCUUCUGGACACUAAAGGGGUUAAACACUGGUCCAAAAGAGACGCUGGUUUGUCUAGUGCUGAAUGCUGGAAUCUGCUCCCUGAAAUUUAUAUUUGGGGAAGUUAGCUCUCCUGAAAGUGGAGAAGUUCAUUGGAAAGUUUUCUUAUUCCCGCCAGUGCAGCUGUUGAGGAAACUCGACAUGAAAAACUUGGAUCAAGCAGAGAUGUAGUUUUGAAUUUUACAGAAUUUGUCUCUAAACCAACAUUUUUUUGGUCUGUUUCAUAUCUCACAUCCAGUGGCAUUUCAAAAUAAUUUGUUUUUAUAUAGGUCUAUUUCUUUUUAACACUAAAUAAUGAAUAAAUUGAAUAAACAUUUUAGAAGUUUGAACGUAAUAUUUUUGAAUGAGACAGGGUUACACACUUUGAAAGUUCUUUUAAAUCUUUGAUACUUGUUGGUUAAAAUAAACAUUAAUGAACAAAGCUGUUGAAUAUUUUAAAAGGUCUGUAAUCUAUCUGGGAGAUUUCUAGGUACUGUCCUGUCUGGUAGUUGAUAGGAUCAAACUACACAAAGUAACUUAUACUAUAAUGAUGUAACUGGUAGUACAUGGGGUCCUCUGCAGUUUGAGUAUCUGUUUAAUUCAAAUCUAUAUUGUUUUUGUCUUCUUUUGGGUUAGUCAUUGUUUAGGCCCAAUUUAGACCUGAUGUAGUCUGGGUUUAGAUUUUAGUGGUACUUGGAAAGCCAAAUAUUAUUCUUGGUGGGAGUUGUAGUGCAGUGAUAAUCAAAGUUUUCACACCAACAUUCUCUUCAGAUACAUAUGGCCCGUUGUUUCACAGCCUUCAACCAUCAACCUUUCUGCCUAUUCAGCUAAAAUUACCUUUAAUAUCCUAAAGCAAAAUAAUUCAAUUUGUGGAAGAGCUUAAAGGUGCACUGUGUAACUUUUCUGGUGUCUCCUUGGCUUGGAGAUGUUGCUGUUUUGCCUGGAUUAUUUCACAGUAUGGAAAUAAACUUGACGGAGACAAGUUAAUGGUCAUGUCUAUGGAGAAGCAAGCCAGCACAUAGUGAGAACUUAUAUUUUUCAAUGUAUUUCAUGUAUUUUUGAGCUUUAAAACACCUAUAAUUGAGUAAAUGCAAGGCAGAUAUGUUUAAUGCUGUACUGAGGAACAUUCCACGCAAAUAAAUAAGAUCAAGCAAGCAACCCUCCACCUUAGAAGUUACACCGUGCACAUUUAAAGAACACAAUUUUGACUUUUUUGAGCUUUUAACCAUGAAAUAACAUUGUUCCUUCAUCAAAAACUUAUUUGGAGUUGUAAUUAGUUUUAAUCACGCUUGCUCCUUUUCCUGUGAGCUCUCAGAAAAUACACAUGACAUUUUACCUGGAAUGUGUGGUGUUAAAUUUGAAACUUUUUUUGUUUUUUUGUGCUUUUUUUUUUUCUCUACAGAUCAUCACCUGACUUGUUUGGAGCACGUCUGUCAUCAAAUUAUGAUCAUUAACUGUGUAGUUGCACUGUACUGUACAGUGAAGCACACCUUUUCAGGAUUUUCUUUUGGUCAAAUUUCAGUAUUGUCUUUUUUUUGUAAGCUUCAACAAAUGAAGUUUCAAACCAGGCCAUUUUUGAACAUUUGUAUUAACACUAACUAACCCCAACAUGAUUUGAAGCUCAAAGUAAAAGAAAAUUUAUGCUAUUUGAUGCUCUUGUUAACACUAACAAAUAUGAUUAUAAAGUUAAAAGUGCAUUGUGUAACUUUUCAGACACUUGUCUCCAUGGAAAUAUGCCUAAAACAGGGGUCUCCAAACUUUUUCCACUGGUGAGCUACCUUUACAAAACAAAAAUGCCAGAGAGCUAGCUCGUUUUAGUGGCUGCGAGAAAUUGAGAUUAUUAUAAGAAAGAGGGUGAGCCUUUGGGUACAGUUAGAUGCCAGUAAAACCAAACCAUUGUCCAUUUGUUAGUGCAUAAAGUUGGGCUUUAAAAUUAUACAUGUACGAUGGUAAUAGGCAUAUAAUCAACCAAAUACCAUGGUUCAGCACAAAGGUAUAAUUCCAAAAUAGCUUGGCGAGCUACUUGGAAGGGGAUGGAAAGCUACAGGUUGGAGACUCCUGGCCUAGAAUAUUCCAUAGCAUGGCAUCAAGAUAUUUUUGAGCAAUACAAACCAUCUGACAUGAGAAAAUAGACAAGGUUAUUGUUUAAAGGUGCCCUCUGUAACUUCUGGAAGUCUGCAUGUCUGAUUUAAGUCAUUGCUUUGCCAGGAAUAGCAUUAAUCUGUCUUGUAUUAGUUCAGUUACACGUAGUUUCAUUGCUCAGAAAUACCUUGCAAAAUAUGCUUUCUUACUGUGACCAGUAACUUGGCCUUGUGGCAUCACCUGCUUGUCUCCAUGGAGAUAGAUAAGUUAAAUUUACUGUGAAACAAUUCAGGCAAAGCAAAAACAUCUUCAUGGAGACAAGAAAGUAGUGGAUCCUCCAAGUUACCUUUUACCAAGCACCUUUAAAGCUUGAGAUUGACCGAUAUAUCGAUUGGAUUUGGACACUUUAGCAUAUCGUCCAUUGGCUUUACAUUUUCCAGCAUAGAUGUUUUGAUAUUUUGUUUUGGUCAAUCUAUUGCUUAAGAAAUACACACAAAUCUUUUUAUAAAAACACUAUAAUACAAAGAGAAUACUGUUGAAAAUGUGACUAAGCUGCUCUCUUAAAGGUACAUUUAAAUUACAUACUUUGGGAAAAAUCAUAAAAAUUGGACCAGAAAUAUUAAGAGAGCUUAUCGGCCAUUAGUUGCGCUGUAUUCUAAACAAUUGGUAUCUGCAUCAGCCAUGAAAUAACCCAUAUUUUUUUAUCUCUAUUUAAAGCCGUGACAUCUUCAUGGAGAUUAGAAAAGUUAUGCAAUGCACUUUUAAAAUAGCCAACAAACAGAACAAGACAGAUUUUCCAUUCACUUUUUACAGAGGGAUCACAUCUGCAGUCCUUGUUUACAGAUGACAUUGUCUUUGUACAUUCUCUUUUAACAUGGAGCUGACAUGUUUUGGACCAAACCUGUGAGAGAACUGGACCACUGCUUCCUUUGGUGGUUGUCUGACAAUUUUUUUUUUUAAUUCAUUCCUGAGAUGUUGUCAAUUGUACAACAUGUUCUACACACAUUUGGUGACAGAGGUUACACAGGGCCGCUGUUUGAUACUGAACUGAAAUUAUUAAUGGAAAAUGAAGUGAUGUGUGAUUUGGGGUGGACACAGGGUUAGACUGAUGUGACAGACGCAGAGAUAGUGCCUUGAUUCAGACUGGAGUUUCACUGGUUAUGAAUUCAUUUGAACUGACACUGUUUUGUUCUUUUAACAUCAAUACAGAACUACCCUCAUCGCUGA